GCAUUUCUCACUUGAAACCAAACCGUUUUACUUCCCUACCCUUUCUCCUUUUUACCUUUCCAUUACAAAUUAAUCAGCAUGGAGGACGAUAGGAAAUCAGAAGUCACCCACACAAAAGAAACGCAGCCUGUUGCCGAAGAAACCGACAUCCACUCUUCGGCGGACUCUGAUGAUAAUACUAUAUUGGGUGCUGCUGUUACCAAGUUGUACGCACGCAAAGUCUCCUUGUUGAAUAAUGAGCUCUCAAGAAUCGGAAUGGGCUGGUACCAAUGGAGGCUGUUUAUUCUGGCUGGUAUUGGAUGGACGGCAGAUAACUUUUGGGCAACUUUGAAUAGUCAAGCUGUCUAUCAAGUGGGAUUAGAGUACAACGUAUCCACAACGCAGUUACCAUGGGGCUCUAUGAGUCUAGCCAUCGGUCUAUGUUUUGGCGCCAUCUUCUGGAGUGCACUGAGCGACCAUAUCGGCCGUCGAUUCUCUUUCAACAUCACUCUCUUAAUUGGUGGCGUGGUGGCUUUAAUGGCUGCUGGUGCGCCUACCUUUGCAGGAUACUGCGUUUUUGUCGCCUUUAUCGGUUUCGGUAUGGGAGGAAAUCUUCCAAUUGAUGGAGCCUUAUUUCUAGAGUUUCUUCCAGGUCAAUGGCAGUGGCUGCUGGCCUUCUUGUCAAUAUGGUGGGCACUUGGGCAACUCAUCGUUACACUGUUGGCCUGGGCUUUCAUCACCGGUUUCAGCUGUUCGUCCGCAGACAACUGUCCAACGUCCAGUAACCUCGGAUGGAGAUAUCUGUAUUACGUCACUGGCGGUAUUGCCUUACUGAUGGCAGCUGCUCGCUUUAUCACCAUGCAACUUGACGAGAGUCCAAAGUAUCUACUGGCACAAGGCGAGGAUGCCGGCGUUGUUAAGAUGGUUCAUAUCAUUGCCAAGACAAACGGAACAGAAUCAAGCCUAGCCGAAGAAGAUUUUAAAGCAAUUGACAGUGAAUUUGACGAGAAAGUAACGGCACCACUAGAGAGACCAGCGAAUGAUUCACUGUCCGUUCCAGUGGUCAAAGAGAGCUUGUUGCGAAAGUAUUCUAUCGAUCACGUAGCACCUUUAUUUGCAACUCCAAAACUUGCCCUCAAUACCUCUCUUAUCAUCAUCAUCUGGUUUCUCAUUGGUUUGAGUUAUCCACUCUUUAAUGCUUCCCUUCCUGUGUGGUUACGUUUACACAACAUCAGCACUGCAACUGGAAUUGAUCAAUCCUUCCGUGAAUACAUUGGAUACGCAGUACUGGGCAUCCCUGGUUCCGCAAUAGGUGCUUAUCUAACGACUUUGAGAUUCGGCCGCAAAGGUGCUUUGGCAUCCUCUACUAUCCUCUCUGGCGUUUUCAUCUUCCUCUUUGCUGCAGCGAAGAGCAAUGCUGAAGUGGUGGCAUUCAACUGCGUAACAAGUGUGACCACUGGUGCUAUGUAUGGUGUUCUAUAUGCUUAUACUCCAGAGGUGUUUCCCUCACCACACCGGGGUACUGGCAGUGGAUUAGCCUCAGCUGCAAACCGUUUGGGAGGUAUCAUCGCUUCCAUUAUCCCAAUGUCUUCCGCUGCAGGCCUUGAUACAACUGUACCUUUCUGGGUCUCGGCGGCUCUGUUCACUUCAGCAGGUGUCCUUGUUUUGUUUUUACCUGUUGAGAGUAGAGGCCGUAUGGCCAUUUAAAGUGCGUUUACUAUACAAUAGAUUGCUAUCCUCAUGCAUAUCAUGUGAAACUAAAACGUUAGCAUGUACAUUUCUUUUUCCAAUUGUAUUCAAUUUUUCUCUUUGCUAUAUCCUUAACAUUAAAGUUAACAGGGACUACUUAUUCAACGCAUUGGAUUCCAUUAAUGUCCUAACUACCUGAA